AUGGAGAGCAGUUCUAUCCUUCUGGCCUUCAGUAAUAUUUACGUGGCCAUAUUUGCCCUCUUCUGCUUUAAACUUUUAAUCAAAAUAUUGCUGGCUCUGCUCACCCAUUUUUAUAUCGUCAGAGGGAACCGAAAAGAAGCUGCCCGUAUAGCCGAGGAGAUUUAUGGGAUUACACAAGGUUCCUGGGCAGACCGAUCUCCUCUUCAUGAUGCUGCAUUUCAUGGAAGACUUCUGACUGUGAAAACACUGAUCGCUCAGGGGUUUAAUGUGAACAUUUUGACAAUAGACAGGAUCACUCCUCUUCAUGAAGCAUGUCUAGGAGGUCAUGUGUCUUGUGCAAAAGUUUUACUGGAGAACAGGGCUCGUAUAAACAUUGUGACGGUUGAUGGAAUCACUCCGCUGUAUAAUGCCUGUAGCAGUGGAAGUGUUGCUUGUGUUAGCAUGUUAUUGGACCAUGGUGCCAACCCAGAGCUGGAGACUCAACUUGCCUUUCCCCUUCAUGAAGCAGUUGUAAGAGGUCACAGGGAAUGUGCAGAGAUGUUAAUAGCAUAUGGGGCAGACAUUGAGAAAGAACUUCAAAACAGAGGCACCCCUCUAUAUGUAGCCUGUGCACGCCAGAAAACAGACUGUGUCAGGAGGCUCCUUGAAUUAGGUGCAGAUGUAAACCAUGGUAAACAGCGGGACACACCAUUGCAUGCCGCAGCAAGAGGGACAAGUGAGGACAUUGUCAAGCUACUUAUUGAUUAUGGGGCCAAUGUCAUGUAUAAAAACAUGGAGGGGAAAUACCCCAUUGAACUAUCUGUACCCAGGAGUCCAGUAGAGCGAACCCUUCUGGUUGCAGAAGGUCCAGCUUCCUUGGCUCAGUUAUGUCGUCUAAGUAUUCGAAAAGCAUUGGGAUCGUCAUGUCUUCAAGUAGUUCCCCGACUUCAGUUACCUAAUCCACUAAUACAUUUUUUGUUAUAUCGAUAGAUUUCACUAUUGUUUUUCUAGCUCAUCUAUGUUUAGGAUAGAAUUUAUUAUAGCUCAUUUAUUACAGCCUAUUUUUUAUUUAGCACAAAUUUAUACAGAUGUCCUGCUAUCAAAGCCAAGCCUGCAUAUGCAGGGCUGGAUUAUAGGGAGAGCAAAUAGGAAAAUUGUCCAGGAGUCCCACCACCUAGCCCUUCCCUGAGCCUCUCAGCAAUAAGACAUACUACAGGGUGGGCCAUUUCUAUGGAUACACCUUAAUAUA